UUUCCUCAAUUCUCAAGGGCAUUUUCCUAAUUCUACCUCAAGAUUUUGGCAAAUAAAUGCACGGAUUACUUGCAACUGUCGAUGACUCUUAGCUAUUGAGCUUUGACAAGCUACUGACAAAUACAAAGAGAGCGUCCAUCUCUUCUAGGCUUUUGGGAGAAAACGAUGGCUUCAGAUCCCAAAAUUCACAAAUUCGAUGAUGUUGUAAAGCACAACAAAUCUAAGGAUUGUUGGCUUAUUAUCUCUGGCAAGGUCUAUGAUGUCACCCCAUUCAUGGAUGACCAUCCUGGAGGAGAUGAAGUUCUGCUGUCAUCAACAGGGAAAGAUGCAACAAAUGAUUUUGAAGAUGUGGGUCACAGUGAUUCUGCUAGAGAUAUGAUGGAAAAUUACUACAUUGGUGAAAUAGACGCAUCAACUAUUCCAGCAAAACGGACCAUUCCUCCACAGCAGACUGCCUAUAAAGGUGAUAAGAGCUCGGAUUUCUUCAUCAAGAUCUUGCAGUUUCUCGUGCCUCUCUUGAUCUUAGGCUUAGCUUUUGCAGUCCGACACUUCACCAAGAAAGAGUAGGCUAAUUUCACGACAUAUAGUUCCCCAUGUUAAGGGUAAUUUUGGACUCAUGAGUCAAACUAUAGAGGGCUUCUCUUUUUUUACCUUAAUUUUCUCUUCAAUGUCUGAAAAUUAAAGAAUGGUUCAUAGUUGGUCCCCUGGGGACCUGUCUGGGAGUGUAUUUUUGGAACAUUGUGUUUCAUUAUUGACAGGACAAUGUUGGCCUUUUACUUGGAUGAUAAGCAGGUUAUAUUUUCA